ACAGUUACCCGGGGCCGGAAGUUGCUGGGUAUUGAGGCUGUACGGGAUAAGCUGUAUGUACCUGGCACCUUGUCGGUGUCACGGCUCAGUGAUUUAUCUUUAAAACUUACUUUUUUUUUGUUCUCGAAUCUCCAGAAAGAUGAAUUCCUCCACGUGUUAGGAGUUGGAGGCUCUCACCGUACCAAGGCCCUUUCAUACACCCUCUUAACCGGUCCCACCCGACCCUUGUCUGGACAGCUCGCCUUUUUACUGUCUAUGGUUUUAGUUCUGUUCGUUGGGAGACUCCCAGCCCCGGGGCGAUCUUCCUUCUGAGACUCCAGAGCCCUCCCGGCUUCGGUGUCGGUCCCCGCGGGGAGCCCAGCCCACCCGGGUGCGAUCAGGAAUGAAGCUUGACAGCGCUGAGGAGGAAUCGCGAGGCGUCCCCUCCCCGCUCGCAGAGGGGUCUCCCUCGACCCUCGAACUUGCUUUCUCCAAGAUUCUGCACGGCCUGAGCCGCCCAGAGUCAGGUCAGGGCAACGCAAGGACUGCCGUCCUCCAAGACCUGGGUGCUUUAAUAGAAGCCGCCGAAUGUGAUGAAUUGUGCGAGGGGACUAGGAGUGGUGACUCACUCCGGGGGAUGCCCGAGAUCCUGGGACAGGUGGCGAAGGCCCUGGAGAAGCUCGCAGCCCCACCCAAGGAGAAGGCAGAGGGAGGCGAUGGGCAUUCCGAAGUGGCUGGGAAAGCAACUGAAGUCGGGUUACUCUUUCUUAAGCUGCUGGGCAAGGUUGAGGCUGCCAAGAGUUCUCCCGCCUGCCCUGCGUGGAAGACAGGCCUCCGCCACUUGGCAGGACCCGCGUAUGUUUUUGCCACCACACACAGGCUGAAGCAGCCGUGGACCAGUCCAAGAUCUCAGCGCGUGGCUGAUGAGGUGCUGUCCUUACUGCUUCGAGUUACUGAGUGCAGUUCCGUGGCAGGAUUCCUGUGCGGAGAGAAUGAAGAUGAUCGAGGGAGAUUUGCUGUGGUCUUGGGGCUUCUUAAACCCCAUCUGAAUAAGGAAUCCUGGAAGAAUAAUCCUGCUGUCAAACAUGUUUUCUCUUGGAGCCUGCAACAAGUCACUCAGCCCUGGCUGAGCCAGCACCUGGAGAAAAUACUUCCUCCAUCUUUGCUCAUCUCAGAUGAUUAUCAGACUGAGAAUAAAAUCCUGGGUGUACAGUGCCUCCAUCACAUUGUGAUUAACGUGCCAGCUGCUGAUUUGCUGCAGUACAACAGAGCCCAGGUCCUAUACCAUGCCCUUUUCAAUCACUUGUACAUGCCAGAGCACCACCUCAUUCAGGCUGUGCUCCUGUGCCUCCUAGAUUUGUUCCCUGUCCUAGAAAAAGGUCUGCACUGGAAGGGAGAUGCAGUUCGAGCCACUACACACUGUCAUGACGUACUACAACUGAUACUCACCCACAUGGAGCCAGAGCAUCGCCUUCUCUUACGUAGGACUUACGCCAGAAACCUGCCAGCUUUUGUGAGGAAGUUGGGGAUCCUCACUGUCCGGCACUUGAAGAGGCUGGAGCCAGUCAUCAUUGGUUAUCUGGAGGUUUAUGAUGGACCAGAAGAAGAAACUAGGUUGAAGAUAUUGGAAACCCUGAAACUUGUCAUGCAGUAUGCUUGGCCCAGAAUUCCCUGCAGAGUUGUGGUUUUGCUGAAGGCUCUCCUGAAACUAAUAUGUGAUGUAGCAAGGGACACAAGCCUCACAACUGAGGCCACUAAGUGCACCCUGCUCCAAGAAGCCACAGACUGCCUGAUUCUUUUGGACCACUGUUCUCAGGGGCAGGUGAAGGUUCUUCUGUCUAAAAUUGUCCUAUCCUGUGAAGACCGCACAGUGGUGAACUGCAUCAGGAGAGUGCAGCAGAGCUCUGCAGCUGUUCCCUGUGAUGACUCUUAGAUAAGGAACCAGCAAGAAAGGGCGCUUUUCCUAUCCCAGAUCAUAUGGAUGGAGUUACAGAAAAUUCUAUUUUUAUAUUAAAGAUUGUAAGUUACAA